GCCGCUCUCUCCUCUCCUCCGCCGACGCCAUGGCCGCCGCCCGGAUGCUCCCGCUGCUGCGCCGCCGUCUCGCCGGCGUCCUCUCUCAACCGACCGCUCCUUCUCCUCGAGGACUAUUGUUUCCUUCUCCAGCAACCGCAGGGUUAAGGUCCCUCCAAACGAUCAUCGAAGCGAGCAACAGCAGCCCGCACGAGGGUCACCAAGACCAAGAGAGUUCCAAACCCGACGCCCCUCCGCCGCCGCCACCUUCGGUCCCUGCAGCCGCAGAGUCGAGCUUCAAAGUCAGGGACGCCUCGAGCCUGAAAAUCUCGCCCAGACACGACCUGGCAAUGAUCUUCACGUGCAAGGUCUGCGACACCAGGUCUAUGAAGAUGGCCAGCCGGGAGUCGUACGAGAACGGGGUGGUGGUCGCCCGCUGUGGUGGCUGCAACAACCUCCACCUGAUGGCAGACAGGCUCGGUUGGUUCGGUGAGCCCGGGAGCAUUGAGGACUUCCUGGCGGACAAAGGGGAGGAGGUGAAGAAAGGCGCAACGGAUACUCUCAAUUUCACUCUGGAGGACUUGGCUGGGACUCAGGUCAACUCCAAGGAAACUUCUGGGGAAAAUUAGUGUUCUUUGUAGUAUGUUGGCUAUGGUCAAGCUGCUAUAAAAUGGUUAGCGAGAGUUUUUGGCUUGGUUUCAUGUCCUCUCAAAUAGAAUACAAGUUGUUAAGUUCUUGCUUGAGGCUGCAAUACUGAAUUGCUUCUAGUGCACUACUCACAUUCUGUAUCAGAUUGUGUAUUAGUAUCAUCCUUGUUUGAUCAUGUACCUGACAAAACAAGAUAAUGUAAUGCUGCCUUCUGAACUUUUAGUUAUGAAAACUCUACUGUUAACUUCAAGUA